AUGGUUAAAGCUGUUAUCUUUACUGAUUUCGAUGGUACUGUUACUUUAGAAGAUUCCAAUGACUAUUUAACAGAUACUCUUGGGUUUGGUAAACCAAAACGUUUGGAUGCAUUUGAAGGUGUCCUUGCUGGUACCAAAUCUUUCAGAGAUGCAUUUUGGGAAAUGUUAACAUCAAUUCAUACACCAUUUCCUGAAUGUCUAGAUAUCUUGGGUAAAAAGAUUGCCUUGGAUCCUGGUUUCAAAGAUACUCUACACUGGUCAUUAGAGAACAACGUACCAAUUGUUGUUGUUUCUAGUGGUAUGAAACCAAUUAUCAAACAUCUAUUAACUCUAUUGGUUGGUGAAGAAGCCGUUAGCAAAGUGGACAUCGUUUCUAAUGCAGUCGAAGUACAACCUGAUGGUCAAUGGAAGAUCGUUUACAUCGACGAUUCACCAUUCGGUCAUGAUAAAUCAAAGACAAUUGAUCAUUACAAGGAAAAAUUUGAAUCUGAAUCAAAGGACUCUGAAAAGCCUGUCUACUUUUACUGCGGUGACGGUGUCUCAGAUUUGAGUGCAGCUAAGGAGUGUGAUUUACUAUUUGCUCGUAGAGGCAAGGAUUUGGUUAGAUACUGUAGAAGAGAGAACGUUCCCUUCCAUGAAUUUGACUCUUUCCAAGAUAUCUUGGCUAACAUGAAGCAAGUCUUGGCAGGUGAGAAGACCGUCAAGGAAUUAAUGGAAAAUUAG